CUUGAAAGAAGAAGAUGAUAUACGAUGGCUCAUUGCCAUACAAAUCACCUAAUUCUAUCCGAAAGGCUCCACCAAGAAUUCUCCAGGAACUUCAUCAAUAUUAGAAUUGGAUCAUCUCUAAAUGGGAUCAACAAUGUGGAAAUACCAUCUAGCCCCUACUAUACUGUCACUGCCAAAGCCUUUAUUGGGUCUUCAAGAAAAUCUGUGAAAUCUUGGAGCUCCGCUAACCCUCAAUCAUCAUCACAAAGUCCACAACUACACUUAUCUUUAGCUGGGGGAGAAGAAGAAGUGAAAUUGGAGCAUGGGCAUCAGCUGAAGGACAAUAAUGGAAUUUCAAGGCAAGAAAGCUCUGGUUUUCUGGUCAGGGAUCAUGAGUAUGGAUGGGAAGUGAGGAAGAUGGUCCAGAGUGAGGAUGAGAUUAGGGAAGUAGCUGAAGUUCAAGCUGAUGCAUUUUAUGAACCAGCCUUCUUCUUCAAUGCCCUCUUCUUUCAUUUUUUCAAGGCCGAAGUGCUUUCUGGGCUUCUUUACAGAUUGAAGAACUCUCCACCUCAAAGGUAUGCAUGUUUGGUGGCCCAACGUUGGAAGGAUAUGGGAGAGAUUAAAGCAGUGGUUGGGGUGGUCGAUGUAACUGUGUUUAGAGACCAUAAUGUUCUUCGACAUCUUGAAGGAGCACAUGAUUAUCUAUACAUUUCUGGGAUUGCUGUCUUACGCAAAUUCAGGAGGCAAAAAGUGGCAACGGCAUUGUUAAAAGCAUGUGAGAUGAUAGCCAAUCAGUGGGGCUUUGAGUAUCUUGUAUUGAUGGCUUAUGAAGAAGAUUUGGGAGCUCAAACACUAUACACUAAUGUUGGCUACAAAGUUGUGUCAAAAGAUCCUCCAUGGUUGACCUCUUGGAUUGGCCGAAGAAGACGGGUUCUUAUGGUCAAAAGGUCCAAUAAAGUGAACUCACUCUAAUAUAGUGUUAUACUAGUGUAAAGCUCGAGGCAAUGCCCUUAUAACGCGUCAAUUUGAUAUGGAUUAAAAUGAAAAAUACUAAUAGAUAUUGUGAAUUAUUUAUAGGAUCCAAAAUUGAAUAUAAUGCAUUUUUACUAUGAUUUCACUUCUAGCAUCAUAUAAUAAACAAGUUGCUAGUGUUGUGUUGGAUAAUGCUCUGAAAAAUGCUAUGUAUACUUCUCCUAAAAUUCAAAAGGAGAUCUUACACAUUCUUGCUAAUAAAGUG